AAUGCAUUUGUAAAAUUUAUAAUUUCUAAAUUUCUCAUUUGUAAUUUCACCUUCCAUUGGCACCUAAUUUUAAAAUUGCGCUACACCUCCAAUCGCAACACACACCCCGCCCUCCUCCCUCCGAAAUUUUUAAUUUAUAUAAAAAGCCUCACACCAUUUCUCCUGAUUUAAUUCCUAUACACUCAAUUGCAAUUCCCCCAAUAAAAUGUCAGACUUUACUGUUCAAACAAUUGAAACAACUCCAUUCCAAGAUCAAAAGCCUGGUACUUCUGGUUUAAGAAAGAAAGUUACUGUCUUCAAACAACCUCACUACACUGAAAAUUUCAUCCAAGCAAUUUUGGAUGCCAUUCCAGAAGGUGCUCAAGAUGCCACUUUAGUUGUUGGUGGUGAUGGUAGAUACUACAACGAUGUUGUCAUUGACUUGAUCAUCAAAAUUGCCGCUGCUAAUGGUGUCAAGAAGUUGAUUUUGGGUCAAGGUGGUGUCCUCUCCACUCCUGCCACUUCUCACGUUAUCAGAAUUAGAAAAGCCACUGGUGGUAUCAUUUUAACCGCUUCUCACAACCCAGGUGGUCCAACCAACGAUUUGGGUAUCAAGUACAACUUGGGUAAUGGUGGCCCAGCACCAGAAUCUGUCACUAACAAGAUUUUCGAAAUUUCCAAGAAAUUGACCAGUUACAAGUUGAUUGACUUGCCAAAGGUUGAUAUUACCAAAAUUGGUGAAUCUAAAGUUGGUCCAAUUGACGUUGAAGUCAUCGACUCCACUAAGGAUUAUGUUGACAUGUUGAAGUCCAUUUUCGAUUUCCCAUUGAUCAAGUCAUUCUUGGACAAGGCCACCAAGGAAGAAAACUUUAAGGUGUUAUUCGAUGCCUUAAACGGUGUUACUGGUCCAUACGGUUACGAAAUCUUUGUCAAUGAAUUGGGAUUACCUCUUGAAUCCAUUCAAAACUAUAAGCCAUUGCCAGAUUUCGGUGGAUUGCACCCCGAUCCAAACUUGACUUAUGCUCAUACUUUGGUGUCCCGUGUUGAUAAGGAAGGAAUUGCAUUUGGUGCAGCCUCUGACGGUGAUGGUGACAGAAACAUGAUUUACGGUGCUGGUACUUUUGUUUCUCCAGGUGAUUCCGUCGCUAUCAUUGCUGAAUACGCUGAUGUCAUUCCAUAUUUCAAAAAGCAAGGUGUUUACGGUUUAGCCAGAUCCAUGCCUACUUCCGGCGCCAUUGACUUGGUUGCCAAGGAUAAGGGAUUGAAUGUUUACGAAGUGCCCACUGGUUGGAAGUUUUUCUGUUCCUUAUUCGAUUCAGACAAGUUGAGUAUUUGUGGUGAAGAAUCUUUCGGUACCGGGUCCAACCAUAUCAGAGAAAAGGAUGGUUUAUGGGCCAUUGUUGCUUGGUUGAAUGUUUUGGCUGGAUAUGCUGCCAAGAACCCUGGUUCCAAGACCUCUAUCGAAAUUGUUCAAAACUCAUUCUGGGAAAAAUAUGGAAGAACUUUCUUUACCAGAUAUGAUUAUGAAAAUGUUUCUUCUGAAGGUGCCAAUGACUUGGUUAAGCUUUUAGAAGGUAUUGUCAACUCCAGUAAGCCAGGUGAUGAAUUAAAACCAGGUUUCGUUGUCAAGGAAGCUGCUAACUUCUCCUACACUGACUUGGACGGAAGUGUUUCUUCUAACCAAGGUUUAUUCAUCAAAUUCGAAAACGGAUUAAGAUUUAUCGUUAGAUUGUCCGGUACCGGUUCCUCGGGUGCUACUGUCAGAUUAUACUUGGAAAAGCAUAGUAACGACAAGUCUACUUACCAAUUAAAGGUUGACCAAUACUUGUCCAAGGAGGUUGAAUUUGUAUUGGACUUGUUGAAAUUCAAAGAAUUUUUGGGUAAGGAAGAACCAGAUGUUCGUACUUAGGUCUAUUUACGUUUGCAUUGACAUUAUGUUUAUCUCUUAUUUAGAAAAAAUAUAUACGAUAUUAUUAA